AUGCUGUUGAAAGAUCAGAAUCCUGUCCAAAGAAUUCCUGACUCACAUGAGAUAACACUGAAGCAUGGCACUAAAACAGUGUCUGCUUUGGGUCUGGAUCCCUCAGGUGCCCGUUUGGUGACUGGAGGAUAUGACUAUGAUGUUAAGUUUUGGGAUUUUGCUGGAAUGGAUGCUUCUUUUAAGGCAUUUCGAUCCCUUCAGCCCUGUGAGUGCCAUCAGAUCAAGUCAUUACAGUAUAGUAACACAGGGGACAUGAUUCUUGUUGUAUCUGGAAGCUCUCAGGCCAAGGUGAUCGACAGAGAUGGUUUUGAAGUAAUGGAAUGUAUAAAGGGAGAUCAGUAUAUUGUGGAUAUGGCCAACACCAAGGGUCACACAGCAAUGCUUCAUACUGGUUCAUGGCAUCCCAAAAUAAAGGGAGAAUUUAUGACUUGCUCAAAUGAUGCAACUGUGAGAACGUGGGAAGUUGAAAAUCCAAAGAAGCAAAAAAGUGUGUUUAAACCACGGACGAUGCAGGGUAAAAAAGUCAUCCCCACUACAUGCACAUAUAGUAGAGAUGGAAACCUCAUAGCAGCUGCCUGCCAGAAUGGAAGCAUUCAGAUCUGGGACCGAAAUUUAACUGUAAGUCAA